AUGGAGGUUGAACUGAUUUCCAAAGAAAUCAUAAAACCAUCUUCAUCAACUCCUCCUCACCUACGAACCAUGAGACUCUCUCUUCUCGACCAAGGUGGUGGCCUAGGUCAUGUACCAAUCAUUUUAUAUUAUACCAAAAGGGAUGCAAAUUUCAACAUCAAUGAAAAGGUGAUUAAUCAACUCAAGGACUCACUCUCGAAAACACUGGCUCUUUUCUACCCUCUUGCCGGAAGAGUCAAAGACCGCUUCUCUAUCGAUUGCGAUGAUGAGGGCGUCCUGUUCUCAACCACCCGUGUUAAUUGUGACUUGGCCAACCUGAUCACGACACAACCACCAGAUCUUCAGUCUUUUCCCGCACUUGUUCCAUAUUAUGUUUUCGUUGAUCCACGCGAUAAGGUAGUUCAAGUCGCUAUUCAACUCAACAUAUUUACUUGUGGUGGAGUCGUGAUCUCCGGGUGUUUUAUGCACAAGAUCAUGGAUGGUGCAACCAUUGGUGCCUUCCUCAAAUCUUGGGCCUCCAAUUCCAUUGCAACUGAUCACUCAAACUGGCCUGAAAGGAUGUUGCUUAGGGAGGGCGAUGGUAUCGUACAAAGGUUUUUGUUCAAAUCCGAGGCAAUAUCCACCCUCAAAGCUAAAGCAACUAGUGAACGGGUGCCUAACCCAACACGUGUCGAAGCAAUAUCAGGAUUCAUUUGGAAACAUGCUAUGGCUGCAUCAAAAGCAGUCUGGGGUAUGCAACAACCAUCCAUGUUGAGUCAUCAAAUGGACUUGAGACGGAAAAUAUUUGAGCCAUCAUUGUCAAAGUAUUCUAUUGGGAAUUUUACAUGGAAAGUAGUUGCACACUACUAUCCAUUUGCUGAAAAAGUAGAAGAAGAAGAAGAAGAAAAGAUCACGUCAUUGGAUGGCUUGGUGGGUUUACUAAGAGCGGCAAUAGAGAAAACAAGAGAUGACAUUCUGCCAAAGCUACUGCAAGGAGAUGAUGGGGGGUAUGACUUAUUUAGUAAGUUUGUCCAAGAAUUAAGAGAAACUUGUCAGAGCAAUAAAAAUUUAAAUCCAUACACGUUUAGCAGUUGGUGCAAAAUUGGUUUCAAUGAAGUUGAUUUUGGGUGGGGAAAACCUACGUGGGUUAGUCCUGCUGGGGCUGGAAGAGUUAAUUCAAUUUAUAAGAAUACUGUUGUUUUGAUUGAAGCUGGAUUGGAUGAUAGAAUUGAAGCCUGGUUGACCUUGGAUGAGCGCGAAAUGGCUGUACUGGAACAUGAUCAAGAGUUCCUUGAGUUUGCUUAUGUGAACCCAGCUGUAAUUUUGCCCUAG